ACGUGUAGGGCCAGGCAGAGUUCAAACUGGCCCCAAACUAAACUUUGAGUGGCGCCAGAGGCAGUAUGAUGCAUUAGUUCUGAUGCUGAAGUUCACUCUGCUCUGCCUGGCACUGUCAGGCGUCCAAGCUGUCCCCCUUGGGUCCCGUAGAGGAUUGGACCAAACAAGGAGUCUCCCCACUGGGUUUCGACAGGGCACAGAACCCUCAACCCACCGACUCCCCUACGGCUUUCAGCAGGGCACUGAACCCUCGGUCAUCCGUAGACCUGUCCCUGAUGGCUUUCGACAGGGCACCGAGCCGUCCAGGCGUUACCUUGUGGACCUCAACACCGGCCUCAUAAAGGAACACAUCAGUGAGAUGGACCGGAGAGCAGCCUUCAUUCGUCCUUCUCUGGGGGAGGGAUAUGGAGAGAUGGACAGAAGACACUGGCUGACAAAUGAAGCUUCUGUUGAUGUUCCAGCCCAGAGGAUUGGUGACGGUUGGGUCAGAGUGGAGGAUCCCUCUGCUCAAGGUCUCCCAGAGGGUUUUAGACAGGGAACCGAACCCGUGAUCUCCAUCCCCGAGGGCUUUAGACAGGGAACCGAACCCGUGAUCUCCAUCCCAGAGGGUUUUAGGCAGGGAACCGAACCCGUGAUCUCCAUCCCAGAGGGCUUUAGGCAGGGAACCGAACCCGUGAUCUCCAUCCCCGAGGGCUUUAGGCAGGGAACCGAACCCGUGAUCUCCAUCCCAGAGGGUUUUAGGCAGGGAACCGAACCCGUGAUCUCCAUCCCAGAGGGUUUUAGGCAGGGAACCGAACCCGUGAUCUCCAUCCCAGAGGGCUUUAGGCAGGGAACCGAACCGGUGAUCUCCAUUCCAGAGGGCUUUAGACAGGGAACCGAACCCGUGAUCUCCAUCCCAAAAGGUUUCAGACAGGGAACCGAACCCGUGAUCUCCAUCCCAAAAGGUUUCAGACAGGGAACUGAGCCAUCCACCCUCCGCCUUCCUGUUGGAUUCAGACAGGGAACUGAACCCUCCACCCCCCGGCUCCAAGCAAAGAUCAUGGCGUGUGAAGGGGAGAUCAUCAAUGGAAACUGCUAUCAGUUCAAUCCCACUCCACUGGCCUUCAAGGAUGCCCAGUCCUCCUGCAGAGUCCUUGCCCCAAAUGCUGACCUGGCAUCGGUAACCAACAGCGAUCUGCACUCCCGGCUAGUUUCCAUGGUGACCAAGGGUGGCACGGCCAGCCCUGUGCUAACCUGGCUGGGAGGCGUGGUCAAGAACCAGCAGGCAUCGUGGGUAGACGGGUCAGAGUGGGCGUACAGCGACUGGAUGCCAGGACACCCCAACAUUCACACAGACCAACCCAUCUGCCUGGAGAUGUUCAGGAUAGAUGAGAGCUGGUGGACGGCGGCAGACUGUAGCCUGGAAAGAGCGUCAAUCUGCUCUUACCCAAUGGCUGCAUGAAGACCACAGAGAAAUACACAGAUACAGAGACAGAAUACCUUUCCUUAUUCACAUGUGAUCUACAAGCCUCGACUAUGGGAAUAGUGAUGAUAUGAAGUUAUUUCAGAAGAGAAUUCCUCUU